CGCGAGUCGAGCCAGCGAGUGUACCUAUAGACCGUGUAGAGACAGUGGAGUAGAGAGCACAGAGCCCCCCCCCGGUAUGGCUAUCAGUAGUCUCUGAAAAAAAUCAUGCAGUGAGUGUGCGUGAAGAGUGAGUAAGGUGCAGCAGCAGCAGCAGCAGCAGCGCGUCGUCGACUCGUCGCAUUUGUUUAUAAAUCUUCGUGUAGCGAAGAGGAACGACUCGGCGCUUGGCCGGUAUUAUGCGAUACAAGUGAUAGGUACAGCAAUCAGCGAGCGAAAAAUGGCCAUUAACCUGACGAAAAACAAGGACGCCUUGGUCGCCGCCUGGCAGAGUGUGGUCGACGACAAGUCGCCCACAAAUUGGGCUGUGUAUGGCUAUGAAGGCCAAACAAACAACUUAAAAGUGGUUAGUACAGGAAAGGGAGGAUUGGAAGAGAUGAUAGAGGAGUUGAAUAGUGGAAUGAUACAGUAUGCUUUUUGCCGAGUCAUUGAUAUGAAAACAACUUUGCCAAAAUGCUUGCUUAUCAACUGGCAAGGAGAAGGUGCACCCAUUGUGAGAAAAGGCACAUGUGCGAACCAUAUCAGAGAUAUAGAAAGGUUGUUGAAAGGAGCACACAUCACCAUAAAUGCUAGGUCUGAUGAAGAAGUUGAAGUAGAUUUAAUCAUGGAUAAACUCUCACGUGCUACAGCCUCAACGUAUAAAUUUAAUGAGCCUCGUGGUGAGAAUGGAGAGCGUACAGGACCUGUGGGAACUACAUAUCGCAGAGUUGUGCCAGCCCAAGAGAUUAAUGCAAGUGAAAGGGAUCAAUUUUGGCAGAAAGAGGAAAUAGAAGAAAAACAACGUCUAGAACAAGAGCGCGCUCGUCAGGAACAAAAUAGACGAAAACUUGAAGAGGAAGUAAGAAAGCGCGAGGAAGCAGAAAGCAAAGUGCGAGAACAAAAGAUCACAACUAGAGAAGAUAUAACAACCAGACAGAGACAAGCUGAACAAAGAGCUGAAGAAAUUAAGAACCUAAGGAAUCAAAAUAUUGCUGCAAAUGAUAGAAACAGUGAUUCUGAUGAUGAGCCGAAAUCCAGAAGUGAUGAAUUGCGUAGGCAAAGGAGCAAAGAAGCCCAAGAGUUGAUAGCUCAACGUACAAUAAAUGCAAGAGCCAUAUUUGAACGAAAUAGCAGUGCUGGACAAACUCGAACUCCACUGAUUCAACAUCAUAAAGGAAAUCACGUGGAAGCUGCGAAAAAAGCAUUUGAACAAAGUCAACUUCAACAAAACAAAGUGAAAGAGCCUAUUAAAAUUGAGAACAAAUCAAACACUGAGAUUAAACCUGAAAAAAUACAGCCUGUAAAACAGCCAGAACCACAGGCACCACAGCCACAGCCUCCACAAUCACAAACUCCACAAUCUCAAGCACCACAGCCUCCACAACCACAAGUACAACCUCUCCCGCAACCGCAACCAGAACCCGAACCCGAACCAGAACCGCAACAACUAAAAAUGCAGACACCACCUCAAACACAACCACAACCAAUAACACCACAAAUCCAAAAUGAUAUUCAAGUUAAGCGUGAAGAGUCGCCGCCUAUAAAAGAGAAUUCCAUCGUUGAAAAUAACGUUUUGCAAUAUAAUGAAGAUAUACCGUUAGGAAAUCUAGAGGAUGCUGAAAAUGAAUUGUAUGGCCAAUUGGAAACUGGACAGUAUUUGUAUCUAGAUCCUAAUAACCAGGGUAUGAAGGCGCGAGCUCUCUACGAUUAUCAAGCUGCUGAUGAUACCGAAAUCACUUUUGAUCCUGGAGAUAUUAUUACUCAUAUCGACGCAAUCGAUGAAGGGUGGUGGCAAGGUUUAGCCCCUGAUGGAACUUAUGGACUCUUUCCAGCUAAUCAUGUCGAAGUUAUUGACUAUGGCUCAACAUGAUGGCAAAAUCCUACUGAUAUAUUGUUUAAUGAGUCAUUGAUUUCCUGGUGGUGAAAUAAUUCUGAAGAUUGUUUUUUUUUCAAGUCGAUUUUUAAUUGUUAAAAGAAGAGAAGCAAGACAAUUGCAAAUCAGUGAAUUGAAGGAAUUUUUUUUUAAAUAAUUGUUUACAUGUUAGAAUAUCUUAUGUGUGUGUGUGUGAGUUUAAUCAUUUUCGAGAGCCUAAAAUGAGCUGAAAUCCAUUUUAUAUAUAAAAUUUUAUUGAUUGUUUACAAACUUUUCUACAUGACUUAGCCAGAAUAUACAACAAGUAAUAAGAUCAUCAUUCAAAAACUUGCAAUUUUUACGCGUUUUUAACAAAAUAUAGAGUAAAAUUUGUAAGCACGUUUGUUACUGAAAAUCAAAGUAAAUGUUUUUUUAUUGAUGUCUCAGAAAAAUUUUUUCACCAGGUUUUCUACAUUGUUGCAAAUGUUUUUCUAGAGAAUUACAUUAUUCAGCCCUGGGUAGAAUUGCUUGAUUGCUGUUAAAUUCUAGAUCAAGUUUAAAUUUAUUAGAUUGUAGUUCAAUAUUUUAAUAUCAAACAGUAUAUUUGAAAAUUAAGAGUAUUUAAUACAAUGGAUAUUCGAAAUUAGGAAUCAAAGUAUUAAUAUAUGGAUUGUACAUGACCGAAUUGUACUUAAUUACAAAAAAGCGUUUAAAAAUAACAUAUACUCAGAACCGAUACCCAGCGGACUACAGUAUUUUUUAAUGAAUUAAUAAUUAUAUAAACACGAUUAAUAUUUUGUUGAUUAAAAGAAAUUGCAUGGGGAUAUUUGCUCAUACCUAGAUUAAGUUUGUCAAUCUUAAAAGUUUUUAGUUUUACUCGUUUUACAUUAGAAAUAAUAGCGUUAACAUUUUUUUACAAACCUUUUUUACUGACAAUGGUGCAAUAACUUAAUUCGUACUCAAAGUUCAAGUCAUGAUCAUUUGUAUAUAUUUUACGUUGAUUUAUUGCAGUACUUGAAUUGUAAUAAUAAUCAUUUAAAAUUAUUUUUUGUCCUUAUUUUAUUUUUAUUUAAAUGCCCUAUGGAACAAAUGAGCAAAUAUUCAGUUAUAUUUGUUCUUAUCUUAUAGCUUAGCUUCUUAGAAAUGAUUAAGAAAAUAUUCAUAAAAAAUGUUUUAAUUAUUAAGUUUGCAAUUAUAUCAAUUGACUGUAGUAAAAUCACUGGUGAGUAAUUGAUUUUAAAAUUUUGUACUUUAAAAGGGUAUAUAACUGUUAAUUGAUUUUAAAAAAGAUGAGAUGUAGUAAAUGUAAAACUUGAAGAAAUAGACCAGUGCAAAAAUUCUUGUUCUGCAAUUUAUUAAAAAUAUGUAUAUAACAUUUUAAAGUAAAUUUCAUCAUCACUUGUGAAUUUGGUUCCAAAGACCAUAUAAAUGAGCGAAUAAAAUGUUGUUUGUCUUCAUCUUGCAAUAAAAUUGAUUUACAAAUGAGUCAAACAUGCAUAAGACAUCUUCCUUUAAUGAAACAUUGUAUAAUUAUUUAUGUGUAAGGAUCUUUAGUAAAUAAAAUAUACUACCACUAUUUAAAGUGUGUAUUUACAAGCUUAUUUUUUACAAAUGAAAAAAAAAUCAUCUUAAAACUAUACUUACAUAGAGUUAUUUCCCAAAAAUACAUAAUUCUUGGUAAAAUAAGUUAAAAUAUCCCUUAUGUCUCUAACAUUUUCUUAUUGUAAAUUAAUUUAAUCAAGUAACUAAAGGAGGUGUUUGGUUGUAAUUUUGCCUUAAUAAAGCUGGUAUAUUGUGUUCUAAAUUAAA